AUGCACCUGCCGUACCCGUCCAGGAAGGACUCCAACGCCGCGCGGUACGCGCCGGCGCGGCGGGGGCCCGGCUCCGGGCCAGCGCGGUUCGUGCCGCCGAUACUGCGGAGGAUGCGGCUGCGGGGUGGCGUGGCGCUCGUGGCGCUCGUGCUGGGCGUGCUGUACGUCGGGUCGCUGCUGAGGACGGGCGGCUUAGGCGGGCGAGGAGGAGGCAGUGGCGCCUAUGCGGAGCACGUCCCGACGGGCAGCCCGCCCGCCGUCAUCGUGACGGUGUUCGAGGACGGCGGCAAGUUCAGCAAGGCGUACCUGCAGAACGUCAAGGACAACAGGAUAUUAUACGCCAAGAAGCACGGCUACGAGACCUUCUUCCCCACAGUGUCCGAGUACGACCUCGGCGGGUCGCCGGCGUCGUGGGUCAAGGUGGUGGCGAUGCGGCACGCGCUGUCCAAGUUCCCCGACGCCAGCUUCGUCUGGUUCCUGGACCAGGACUCGCUCAUCAUGACGGGCGACGUGGGCGUCGAGACGGCACUCAUGGAGCCGGCGGCGCUCGACAAGGUCAUGAUCAAGGACCACCCCGUCGUGCCGCCCGACAGCAUCAUCAAGACGUUUGCGCACCUCAAGCCCGCCGACGUCGACCUGGUGCUCACGCAGGACAAGGACGGCCUGAGCGUCGGCAGCUUCAUCCUGCGCAACGGCGAGUGGGCCCGCUUCUUCCUCGAGACGUGGUACGACCCGAUAUACCGGAGCUACAACUUUCAGAAGGCCGAGGCGCACGCGCUGGAACACAUCGUCCAGUGGCACCCCACGAUCCUCUCGAAGCUGGCCGUCGUGCCGCAGCGGUACAUCAACGCCUACAGCAGCGGCGACGCCAGCGCCGAGUUCAAGCCCGGCGACGUCGCCGUCCGCUUCAACACGUGCAUGAAGACGGGACCGGCGGCCUGCGAGGCCGAGGCGGACAAGUAUAACAAGCAGUGGCGCAGCAACUUCAAGUCAUGA